CUGGGCCAGCUUCCGCUGCUGGCCUCGCUUGGGGCUGCCCGGGGCAGCAGCCCGGGCACGGCCACAGCAGGACAGGCACUAGGGAGCUUCGCGGAAGGGGUGGUGACUGCGUUUCCAGAGAUAUGUCAGCGUGCUGCCAGCAGGCAGGACCAGGAGCGCUGAGAUGGCCUCUGCGCACGCCAGACCUCCCCACGGCUCUGUGCCUUGUGCUGAGCCUGCCCAGUGAAAGGGGCAUGUCCUGAGCCGUCACCAGCUCCCCCUCCCUCUGAGAUGGCAGCUACAGAGAGCUUCAGCGUGACGCACCCUGGGAAUCCCCAGCCUGGGGACCUGAUCGAGAUUUUCCGGCCAGCUUAUCAGCACUGGGCCCUCUACCUGGGCGAUGGAUACAUCAUCAAUGUGACACCUGUAGAUGAAGGGCCUGCGGCUUCAUUCGCCAGUGCCAAGUCAGUCUUCAGCAGAAAGGCCCGGGUGAGGAUGCAGCUCCUGAAGGAUGUGGUGGGAAAUGACACCUACCAAAUCAACAACAAGUACGACGACACCUACCCUCCUCUUCCUGUGGAGGAGAUCAUCCGACGUGCCGAGUACCUCAUUGACCAGGAAGUGUCCUACGACCUGCUUGGCAACAACUGUGAGCACUUUGUGACGCUGCUCCGCUAUGGUGAGGGGAUCUCUGAGCAGGCCAACCGAGCCGUCAGUGCCAUUGGGUUUGUAACAGCUGCUGCUGGCGCUGUCACCUUGCUAGGCUUUUUACGAAGCAGAUCCAGAGAAAGACAGUAUUGACGGACUCCCAGCGGUCAGUGCAAGGUGGCUGGAUCCCUGGCUGGGAUGGAACCAGGACAGUUCGUGGCUGUAGCUGCAGACAAGACUUACUAACAAAUGUGUCACUCUUGAUGAGACCAGCACUAGCCUAUUUGCCACAGCUGCUUACAUUACAUUGCCUGUGAUGAUUUCCACACUAGUCUUGCAGAGAUAGCAAGCAAAUUCCUCAUCCUUAGCCUCUCUCACACACACAUGCAUACCCCUCUACUGCUUUGCCAAGGACUGGUCCUGUGAGCCUGCGAACAGUCUUUGUAUACAUGCUGUUUUUAUAGACUGCUUCCUGUGAGCUCUUCUUGUUAAUAACUUUUUAAAACAAAUUUGAAGAAACAUUUUUAUUCCUUUUGAAUACAAAAGUAGCAUAAAAAUAUUGCUAAGGGUUAUUAUGCGUCCUCCAACCGAUGGCCUGUACAAGUGGAAAAUCCCAGCUGCCUAGACUUGCAUGAGACUGCCUGUGAAAUGGUAGACAAGAACUAUAUUAUGUCCUGGCCCUUGCACUUGGGAUUCCUAAACUCUCAGCUGCUCUUGAGAGAGAGGGAGGCAGGAAGGAAGGGCAGGUCAUAAGAGUUGUCUCUCUCAGUGGUUUAAAUUGCUGUUUUGUUUUUGGCGUGAUGGUGUCUUGCUCAGUUUUAUUCCACCUGCAAAAUGUCCCUUUCCCUGGUUCCUGACUCCUUUUGGAAGCAGUAGGUCCACCUGUUGAUUGCUCUGAGAAGUUACACACACACACACACACACACACACACACACACACACACACACACACACACACACACAAAAAAAAAAAAAAAAAAAAAAAAAAAAAAAAAAAACAGCUAGCUUUUUAUCUGGCAGCUGUUUUGUUUGUUCCAGGUUGGGACCAUGGUGCAGCUGAAAUUUCCCUCUUCAGACAUUAAAUGCAGUAAGUAACUUUUGGUAUUGGACCUGACCAAGCUUAUUCCUUGGUCUCACAAAGUAAUGAGGCUUAACAUAAGGCUGUAGUGAGUUGCAAGGUCAGCCAGGAGCCUUUGAUCCAUGUCUGGAGCAGGGGUCAUUUUUCUCUGCAGUGUCCAAAAUUAAGUUUAAGCAACUUGUUGCUCUAGCACAAUUAAGGUCUUCCUCAGACCAGCAGUAAGGUGAGCCCAGUUUCCCUGCAGGGUCGUAGGUGAAGCACCUGUGCAGCAUCUAUGUGAUGUCUCACAAAAUCUAGAGAGCCCAACUAUUUCUCAGUCACAAAGCUGAUGUGUGACUUCUUCUUAUAAGAAAACUAGUUAGAAAAGUUGUGGUUUAUUAUUGUCUGAAGGGAGUAUUUGGUUUGCAUGUUUGGAACCAUGUUAUUUGCAGACAGUAUAUAAGAAAUUAAAUCCUGUGUUGCUUUUGCCCUAUGCCACUGCCUGGACUAUAAGAAGAGAGGAGUGUAAAAGAGCUGUUGUAAAAGGUUUGCUAUUUUUGUCUGCUUUUAACAUGUACAUAGCUGGAUUAGAAGCUUUUUUUUAAACAUCA